AUGAUAGAGUCUAAAAAAUCAGAACUAAAAAAUGAUUUGAAGGAAACCAAUUAGCAGAUAUACGAAUUGAUCGAAUAGGCUAACUAGCAAUUAUAAUCUUUGUUUAACAAAAGAGAAGAGGAAUUGCUGAAGGUGUACAAAUAGGAGAUGCUUAAUGUUUAAAGACAAUUAGUUAAAAUAAGAGAUGAGGAAAGUUAGACUGAGAUUGAGAAAAGAAUUCAAAAACAUAGAGAGGAACUAGCAAAGGAGAGAGAGUUGUAUCUCGAGAGGAGCAUUAAGUUGAGUGAUAACAUUAAAGAAUUGGGUAAGAUUGAUCGUGAUAUUCGAUAAAGUUUCAAUGAAUUGUAGAGUGAAAUCAAAUUCUUGGAUGAAUAGUUGAUUUAUGCUGAUAAACACAACAUAAUAUUGCAAGAGGAAUUGAACAGUUUGGGUGAGGAGGAGCAGCAAGUUCAGACUUAAAUUAGAAGAUAACCGAAAUCAAUGUAGCAAUUAUAAUCAGUUCGUUUGAUGCCUCUGCCACAACUCAAGAGGAAUUCAUGUCAUUUACAAUAGGAGCAAGAAUUGAAUGCAAAAUUAAAGUAGCAAAUUAAUUAAGUUGAGGAAUUUCAAGAAUCAGAAUUGGAGCGAUGUUUUGAUGAGGCCCUCUUAACUGUAACGGAGUAGAGUGAGGCAUCUACCAAUAUUGAUUUAACAUGUUGUAAUGAUUUUUCUGAGUAUUCGAAACGAAGAAUUUUUGAAGACUUUUUAGAAAAACCAUAUGUAAAAUAAAAAAUCUAUGAAUUAUUAAUAAAUAAAUGAAUAAGUUUAUUACAUAUAUCAAUAUUCCAGAGGUCCGUGGUAAAAUACCAAAGUGCUAGAUAUGUGCAAAAGGGUUUUCAAAAGUGACAACGCGAGAACAUAUGUGCAAAAGGUAGAACAAUUAUUUGAUUAUUUCAUACCAGAUGUUUAAGAGUUGUGUGUAGUGGUUGUUCUCCAUUCAAAAUUACAUUCGAGUUGAAUAAGGGUAGAAGACUAUGUAAAAUAUGUAAAGAAGUAAAUUAAAACCUUUUCUUUUAAGGAAUAAGAUUCAAUCAAAUCCUUUGUAGAAUAUUAUCAUAUUGCUUAUGGUGUUGAUACCCUCUCAAAACAAUGGCUUGGAAGUGCAUUUAAUUCUUAGGAUUACAAGACUGCGAGAGAAUCCACUAAACUUAAAUUGGAUUAGAUAGAGUUUGCUGGUUUAGAUAACAUUAAUUAUUCCUUGAAGGACUUCUACACAUUAGCUGGAAAAGAUAAUGUGAAAUUGUAGAAUGUUUGCAUGACUUUUUGUUCAAAGAAUUCAGACAUCAAAUUGACAGCCGAGAUGGUUUGUUUAGCUAACUUUUUGCUUUGUUUCUCAUCUGAAGCUUCUGCCUUUUAGCUCUUAAAUAUCAUAUACAGAUAAAAGCCACCUGAAGAGUGCUUAAUAAGCAUAGUAACUUGUUGUGUGAAAGGAUUCAAUUUGCCUGAGAAUGAGACUGUUUAUAUGAGACAAUUUUUGGAGGCCAGAUUAAAAAGAUAUUUGCUUACAUUUUCAAUCAAUAUGUUCAAUUUUGAUACUACUUUGCUUUUGAUUUAACAACUGAUAUAAAAAUAUGAUUACUUCAUUCAAGGAUUAUCAGCUAUUUUUAUGAUUGCUAGUCCAAAUCUGAAGUCGUCAACACAUGAAGAUUUAGAGAUUUUUAUAUUAAGAGAGAUCAAAAGAAAAGAUGUAGAACUCAAACUCAAAACUAUUAAAUAAACAAAACCAAAAUAGGAUUCAGAGAAUAAGGAUCGUACUCAAUCUAUCAUGAGUUUGGCUUUUUCAACCUUGGAAUAAUAAGAUACAUCUCAGAUAAAUGAUUUAAAAACUGAGAUUUCAAAUCUUAAAUUACAAUUGUCAUUGAAGGAUAAUGAAAUCGAAAGCUAUAAGUUUCAGUUAUCGUAACUUUAAAUACCAGACUAAUAAAAGAAAGAUAAGUUCCUAAAGUAAAAAUCUGAUGAAAUUGCAAUUCUAUUAUCUAGAAUUGACGAAUUAACACUUGAAAAUCAGGUCUAUUAAAAAAAGGAACGUACUAAUUCAGAUUUCUCAUUAAUGUAUUAACAAUCAUAGAAAAUCAUAGAGGAAAAAUAGAAAUAAAUUAACAGAUUGAAGGAAAAAGUGAAAGAGAGUUCUUUAGAGAAUAGGACUAUGUCUUUAUCCUUAGCUGGUGGAGUUUAAGGCAUUCUGUCAGGAAAGGAGGUUUAAGAGUUGAAAUAGAGUUUUGAAGAGGAGAAGCAAUUUCUGACUGAUUAAAUAAAAUAGUUGGAAAGCAGCAAGGCUCUCUUGCAAAAGAGUUUGGAUGCUCAAAAGAAAUUGAAUCAAAGAGUAAUUGACUAUAUUGGUUCUAUGACUUUGAACAAUAAGUUAAUCGAAUUAUAAAUUAAGACAUCUGAAGAAAAAGAAACAAUCUCAUACAAAGAUGAGGUCAAUAACUUGAUUGAUAUCAAAAAUUAAUAGAAUCAGAUGCUGUCUAGAUUACAGAGUACUAAUUUGCAGUAAAUUGAGGAACUCAAAGUUAAAAUUAAGAAUUUAAAAUGAAUGAAUUAAUUGUUGAUCAUUAAUUAUAAAAUAUUUAAAAUGUAAAAGAG